CACUAGGGACCAUGGGGACUUACAGUACCUUUGCUACCUGCAUGGACCCCGUUGGCGACGAUAAGGAAAUUUAGGCGAAUUUUAAAAGAACACACAUUAUACGAUUAAAACUAUGAUAGGAAUAACGUAUUUCGAAUGAUAAAACAUACUUUGACAUGAACACGGAUAUAAUAUCCCCUAUGUAUUUCUACUAGAUCAUAUAUUGAUAAAUGGCAUCCUGCGUUGUACGUUUCGCCAUCUGUUCUAUAAUACUGUAUAAAAGGCGUUAAGUGUAGUUUCAGUCAGUUGGCGUUGUCUGGAAGACGUGGAAGGCAGUCAUGGGGCAUAUUGUGUUGCUGAUGCUGGUGGUUGCUGCUCUCAUGGUGGAGGGGUCAUUCGCGGGGCAUAACUUCAUUGUUCAGUCGGGCUGCGACCCUGCCUUCCUUGCCAGAGACGCUCACUACACCCUGUGUCUGGUGGACAUUGGGACAGAGGCCCCCCUGUCAGCCGCGGACAAACAAGCCAUAGUGGACACGCACAACACAUACAGAGCCAAUGUGUCACCAACUGCCACCAAUAUGGUUAAACUGGUAUGGGACGACGAGCUGGCGGUCUAUGCUGGGAAAUGGGCCCGUCAGUGUUAUAUGGGCCAUGACUCCUACUCUGCAAGAUCAGUUCCAAGUAUGCCUGGAGUCUCCAUCGGUCAGAACAUCGCUGCCGGGUACAAGUCGGUGAUGAAGGGAGUCGACGGGUGGCACUCGGAGGUGGACUUCUUUGAACACGGCGUCGGUCCUACUGAACCAGGAAAGGUUGUUGGUCACUACACCCAGGUUGUAGGAUACAGAGCCAUUCGCAUCGGGUGUGGAGAAGCCAUCUGUCCCAACAAGUAUGGCCGCUACCAGGUGUGCAACUAUGCGAUGGGACAAAUGUCAUCAGACAUUAAAACUCCUUUCGAGAAGGGUGCGUCCUGCAGUAAAUGCCCUGUCGGCAAGUGUUCAGACAACCUGUGUGACUGUGGCGGCAAGCUGUGUCUGAACGGCGGAUCUCUGGACACGAGCACGUGCUCGUGCACAUGCAUGGGCACCUGGACGGGAGACACGUGCAGUAAAGAAAAAUGUAAAGUGGACCUGGGCCGGUGUGACAGUGUACCGUUAGCACAUUGUGAUUAUGCACCCAUCGUGAGACGUUUCUGUCCAAGAAAAUGUGGCCUGUGCUGAAAAGUGGAGGAUGCAUUUGCUCGGAGAUGUGCCCGUUAAGCGCCGAAUAAAAAUGUGUAUCUU